AACAACAUUCAGAGGAGCAGUCAUGAGAUUAUUCAUAACAUGUAUUUUAUUAAUUUCAACGAAGAUGAAAUAUAUCUUAACAUCAAGUUCGUGUAUGAAUCAACCGGAAAAUCAAACUGGAGCCGCUCGCUUAGAAGAUUUACAUCUCGAUAAAUGUAGAUUAGAAGACUCUGCGUGUUUGAUCAAAGCUUUUCAGAACGCAAUCCCAACCUUCAGCAAGGGUUUACCAGAAUGGGGCGUAGACGUGAUGGAUGUCAUGGAAUUUGAUGAUGAUGUAAAGUUUGAUAUUGCCGGAUUUUCUUUACGUUUUGCGAACGGUCGGUUGAAAGGAUACAGAAACAUAAUUUUAAAUACUGUAAAAUGGGACACAAAAAAUCAAACAGUAUACGUUGACUACACUGCCCCAACUUUUGCAUUAUCAGGGACAUACGCGGCGAAUGGGCGAAUUUUUUCAAGGCCUAUUAUAGGUGAUGGUGACAUAAAGCUUCAAAUAAAAAACAUUAUUGUGAAAAUACUAUUGUUCAUUAACACGUACAAGAAAAAUAAUAAGACAUACGUUUGUAUUAAAGACUACAAAUAUGAUUUCAAUGUUGAAGGAAGUGCUCGAUACAAUCUCACGAAUCUCUUUAAUGGAAACAAGGAAUUGAGUGAUGUUGCAUUGAAAUUUAUCAAUACUUAUUCGAAAGAAAUCACCCACGAAUUCGGAAGACCGUUGAUGGAUUCUGUGGGAUCUAAGGUGUUCAGAAAUGUGGACAGGUUCCUAGCCCGUGCGCCUCUAGAAGACAUAUCAUAUUCAUAUCAAUAA